AUGUACAUCUUAGGAAUACUGCUGAUAUCGUUGCAGUAUGUCGGCUCACCGAUUCAAUGUUGGAUGCCCAUGGAAUUCAAAGGCGGUUGGGAGCAAUACGCUGAAGACUACUGUUUUAUUCAAAAUACAUUCUUUGUGCCAUUCCACGAAGAGAUUCCUGCUGAUGACGAAGAUCGCUCAAAGGCUGAAAUAGGUUAUUAUCAAUGGGUACCUAUUGUACUGGCACUUCAAGCGAUCAUGUUCUAUAUUCCUAAUUGGAUUUGGAAGACACUUCAUCAGCAAAGUGGGAUCGAUUUAAACACCGCUAUAGAGGAUGCCAGAAAGUUACGGUCAAUAACUGGAGGUGAUCGGAAGAAGGAAAUAGGAAAACUGGCCACGUAUCUCGAAGAAUGUUUGGAAUUCCAAAAUGAACGUCGUACACCAUACCGCCUAUUCUGCUUUAGAUUUGGCCGUGGAUUGGGCUCCUACGUAUCUAUGCUGUACCUUUUUGUGAAAUUCCUCUACUUAAUCAAUAUUUUCACGCAAUUUUAUAUUUUAAAUAGCUUCCUGGGCAGUGAUUACACCUUCUGGGGCUUCCAGACAUUCCGCGAUCUCUGGAAUGGACGUGAAUGGUUGGAUUCUGGAGUGUUUCCACGUGUAACCAUGUGUGAUUUCAAAAUUCGCCGUCUGGCUAACACUCACAAAUACACCGUACAAUGUGUAUUAAUGAUUAAUAUGUUUAACGAGAAAAUUUACCUCUUCAUUUGGUUCUGGUUUUUACUUGUCGCUAUAUCAACGGCUAUCAAUUUUGGAUACUGCUUCUUACAAUUGGUACUUACGUCAUUCCGCGAAAAAUCGACCAGGACAUGGUUAUCUGGACCAUGCCGUGGUGAGGACACCACAGACGGCUUCCGCCAUCAGCACAUUAUGCGUCGUUUUACUCAUGCUGCACUUCGCCCAGAUGGUAUUCUUCUGAUACGCUUCAUUGAAGGACAUGCUGGAGCCAUAGUUGCUCGCGAAAUUACUUCAAAGUUAUUCACCGACUACCUCGAACAGAUGUCCUAUAACAACCAAGGACACGGCCAUUCAACAAAAUCAACGAGCCCAGGGAUGAUUGAUGACGGUCCACACGAGAAUCUGUACAAUGCGGAGAAACUCGGUGUCGGAGGCCUUAUGGCACCUGAUUAUCCAUCAAAACACCUUUGA